AUGGCUGUGCUCACAUAUUUGAUGGAACCUCCGAAGGCUAAUCUACAUAAUGAGUUAAUAAUGAUGAAUUUGGGUGGAUUGGACUUUGGUUGGACUUUCCCGGUAAAUAGGGAAGCCACUAAGAUGGGUAAGCUGGUAGGACAGGAAAUGCAUUGGUGUCCUCUAUUUGACAGAAUCACCUUUGUUAGAUCACCUGAUGUAGUAAGGAAAAAGUUUGAAGUUGAUGUGCUGUGAAAUUAGAAGACUUAUGAAGGAUUUGAAGGAUGUUGAAGGGUUAAAGACUGGCUAUGGUAAGGAUUUAAUGCGGCUUGAAGGAUUUUGGAGUUGUGUUUGGAAAUAGAUAUGUUGGAUGUACACUACCACUUUGUUUGUGAUGGCUAGGUGUUUUAUUAAAAUCAUUUCAUGUUCUUGGUCGGAUAGCAAAUAUAUAUAAUGCGUAGGUUGUUCAAAUCAUUUAUUUAUUAAAUAAAUUGCACUAUGUACAAU